GCAGCCAAAGACACCGCAUCUGAUUGGCUAGGUUCUGCUAAGGAGGCAGCUGUUGACACGAAGGAUAAGGCUGCUGAAAAGUUGGGAGAGCUCAAAUCUGAAGCUGGAAAGAAGGCCGAAGCAGCCAAAGACACCGCAUCUGAUUGGCUAGGUGCUGCUAAGGAGGCAGCUAUUGACACGAAGGAUAAGGCUGCGGAGACAUUGUCAGAUGUGGCUUCGGCAGCUGGGAAGAAAGUUGAAGCAGCCAAAGACAUGGCUGCUGGAUUGUUGGGAAGCGCCCAGGAAAAAGCAAUGACGGCUAAGGACAAGACUGCUGAAACAUUGUCGGAUCUGAAGUCUGAAGCUGGAAAGAAAGCUGAAGCAGCUAAGGAAACUGCAUCUGACUGGAUGGAUAGCGCUAAGGAAACAGCCGUUGAGGUGAAGGACAAAGCAGCUGAAAAAGUUUCUGAUAUAAAAUCUGAGGCUGAGAAGACGGCUGAGGCCGCCAAAGAUAAGGCAGAAUGGAAAGAGUAUGGACACGGGAUAGCGGGAGAUACCACUGAGACAGCCCAGGAGAAAGCUCAAAAGAUGGCUGAGGCUAAAGAGAUAGCGGGAGACACCACUGAGACAGCCCAGGAGAAAGCUCAAAAGAUGGCUGAGGCUAAAGAGGUAUGUGCUUAA